AUGAAGCCAUGCAGCCACGAAUGCCUCGUCACGUCCUGUUUGGUGUUGUCGGUUUUCGUGAUGAUGCAAAUGGCGAUAAUCGCUUUCUCCUACAACAGUUCUAUCGAGGAUCAUCUACGGACGUCCGUGCCCAGUUAUUCGACGAUCGAGGAUCGAUCCGAAUCCCAUCGUUUACCAUCUGUGCUGAUCAUUGGUGUACGUAAAGGUGGCACAAGAGCACUUCUCGACGCUAUGACGUUACAUCCGAAAAUCCGAGCAGUUCGUAAGGAAGCACAUUUUUUCGAUUUGAAUUUCUCCCGAGGAAUCGAUUGGUAUCGAUCGUUGAUGCCGUUGAGCACUUCGGAUCAGGUGGUUGUCGAGAAAACUCCCGGAUAUUUCACUUCUGUGGUGGCUCCGAAACGUGUACGAGAACUAAAUCCAGCCAUGAAAAUUAUCCUUAUUGUCAGGGAUCCCACACAGAGAACGAUUAGCGAUUUCACGCAGGUAUACUACAAUAAAAUGGAGCUUAAUAAAACGUUGCCGAUUUUCGAAAAAGAAGCAUUCCUUCCGGGCACGGAUAAAAUUAACGUCGAUUAUAAACCAGUUCGAAAUUCGCUUUACGAUCUACAUAUGGCUAAUUGGUUACGGUAUUUCUCAAUGGAGCAGAUUCUACUGGUGAAUGGUGAUGUGUUUCGUGGGAAUCCGAUAAAUGAGCUUCGUCGUGUCGAAACAUUUCUCAAUCUGCCACAUUUGAUCACCAAUGAUCAGCUAAUUUUCAAUGAACGUAAGGGAUUCUUCUGUUUCUUGCGGACACCAACAUCACGCGUGAAAUGUCUGGGAAGCUCGAAAGGACGACCACAUCGUGAAAUCAGCGAAGAUGUGAUCGAGAAAUUGCGCGCGAAUUUCAAAGAGCAUAAUAUGCGAUUUUUUGGUCUUGUUAAUAGAAUAUUUGCAUGGUGA